GUCAGUCGUCGCUUUAGCCUGCUAAGUGGAAUCCUAUGCUAAAAACCAAAACAGAGGCGAGGUUUUCGCACUAAGUCUCCGAGAAAUCGGCAAUAAAGGCGGAUUUCCGUUUGGGUGUCUCUGGUUAACGCACCCGCCCGGUGUCUGUGCUUGACAGGCGGCUAAAAGGAAGAUAAACACUCGCUCGACUGAGAUGGAGGACCCGGGUGGAACUGCUGCUGAGUCUGUGAGUCCAUCACCAGCAGGUGCAUCCAAGUCAAAGCUGGACACCCUGCCCAAAGAUGACCUCAUCAAGUUUGCCAAAAAGCAGAUGGCUGCCAUGCAAAAGAUGAAGAGCAGACAUGCAGAUUUGGAAAAAGAAGUUGAAUCCCUCAAACAGCAAUCCAAAAACAGUAACAGCGGUCCAGAUGACUCCUCUCUGAUACAGGAGCUGACUGAGAGGAUGGAUGCCUUACUACUGGAGAAGGCGGAAACUCAACAAAGUCUUGCACUGUUUCGAAAAGAUCUAGAGAAGACUAAGAAGCAAGCCCAGGAUGAUCUAGCGUCAAUGCAAAGUGAGCUUGACCGUGUGACUGAAGACCACCAAAGGAAAAUCCGAAGUUUGGAGAGCACCAUUGAGGAAUCCAACAGCAAACACCAAGAAGAAGUGUCUCGUUUCCAGAAAUUACUGGAAGAGCGAGAAGUGAGUGAUAGAGAGAGAGAGAGUGAAAGAGAAAGGGAGCGUCAAGCAGACCAUGCCAGUGCAGAAGUAGUCCGCUUAACGGCUGAACUAGAAACCCUUCGAGCUGAAUUGAAAGCAAUUCAGCAGCGUAAUUCCCAGGAGAUUGCUGAGCUACAGGAAACCCACCAGCAGGAGUUGACGAAAGCCCAGCAAGAGGUGGAGAACCUGAAGGAGGAGCUGGCUCAGAAGAAUCUGCACCACGAGGAGGAAAUGAGAGCUCUAGAAGAAGACUGUGAGAUUGAGAGGGAGCGUCUCUUGUUGCUACACGAGGAGCUAACUGAGCAGCUUGCUCUCAAAGAGAGCUACCUUCAGGAUGUGCAGGAAGAAGAUGAGGAACCUGGCCGUGGGUCUGGGAUCGCCAAAAUGCUGGAACUGUCUGGCUGCAGUCAGGUUGACUCAAGCCCAGGCAAUGUAGAGGAGACUGAGACCAGGAGACUGAGAGCUGCAUUGGAAGACCUUCAAGCCCAGAACACCAUGUUACAGGAUGAACUCACCCUGCUCAGUAAUGUGAAGGGUGAGCUUGAGGCAGAGCUAGAGAAGUCCAAGGAGGAGUUUCAGAUGGAGAAAGAAGAGAUGGAGUUCAAAAUCAAUGAGCUGCAGAUGUCCAAGGACAGUGCUCCCUCUGAACCUGUAAUGACUCAGAAUUCAGAACAACAAGAAGCAUCCACAGAAUCGGUUAUCGGCGUGGACCAAGACCAAAACUCCACAAAUCCAGAGGAGCAGCUGAAGCUGAAUGAGGAGCUGAGGAGCCAGUGUGAAGCCUUGACGAAAGAGAGAGACACUGCCCUGGCUGAGUGCCACCACGUGAGGCAGAUACUUGAAACUAUAGAAACAGAGCUGGGUGAGAAGACAAAAGAUUUUGUUCAACAGUACCAAGCCAUGAAGGAACAGGGAGCCAAUAACGUAAGAGAGCUCCAUGACAAAGUAGAGCAACUCAGCCAGGAGAGGGACGAACUGUUAGUGACCGUGAGAGAAGCUACGGAGGAGAAAAACAGUCUGAUGGAGAGUUUGCAAGAUCUAAAGCUGAAGCUUGGAGGUUCCUUGGUGGAGGACCAGAAACUCCCUUCUUCUGAGCAGGAACAAACAACAUUAGCCAGUGAGUUAAAACAAUCUGUGGAGGAUCUGACCAGACAGAACGAGGAGAUCAUCUCCCAAGUGGAGAUGAAGGAGAAGAUGAUACAGGAUCUGAAACAAAUGGUUACUACACUAACUGAAGAGCGAGACAAAAUGGAAUACCAGCUAAAGAAAGAAGAAGAUGAAACGCAAAAGCUGAACGAUGAGAGAACAAAAGAAUUGGAGAAGCUCCACGAGGAGAAGGUGAAAGAGGUGCAACAUCUAAAGGAGGAAAGAGAUAAGAUAGAGGAAAGCCUGAAAGAGGAGAUGGGAAGACGCGAGGAAAGGGUUUCCGCUUUAGAGCUCGAGAUCAAAGAGCUGACCACAGAGAAGGCAGACUUCGGUCAGAAACUGGAGGAGGCCAUCUCUGGGCUUUCCCAGGUCCAGAAAGAGAAGGAGCUUCUGGAGUCCAAGCUGGCAGACCUGAAUUCUCACCUGGAGCAGGAGGCGUCUGAAAAGCAACAGCUCGAAGUGAAAUUGAAUUCACUGACAGAGGAGGCAGAACAGGCAUCAGCCUCCGUGAGAGCACUGGAGGAAAGUCACUCUGAAGUACUGAAAAAGUCCACGGAGGAGGUUGAAGAGCUCCGGACACGUGCCGAUGAGCUAGAAAAGGAGAGGAACCUGCUGAAGAGAAGCCUCGAAGAGGCUCAAGCUGACGGCAAUUCUGAGGAUGUGCAACAGGAGUUCCAGGCACGCAUCAGAGACCUGGAACAGGAGAGAGACAUGUUAAAAGCCAACCUGGAGGAGGUGGUGAAGGAUACAGAGGGUCUGCAGAGAGACAUGCAGGAUAUGAAAUCAUUAAAUGAGAAGAUUAGUGAUGAGAACCAGAAACUACAGGCUCAAAUUUCUUCCAUGGCCAAAGAUGAGGAGGACAAGAAUGAGAAAGAGGAGGUGGACAGAAAUGUGGAGAACCUGGAGAAAGAUAGCAGCGAACUCAGAGAACAGCUGACUGAAAAAGAGUCACUCAUAUCACAACUGAGGAGUGAAAUGGCUGCCCUCCAGCAAUCAGCAGAUCAGUCUGCUUCUUCUGAAGAAAGUGCGACCAGCGAACUCACAAAGAAAAUAGCUCUCAUGGAGAAAGAAAACAAAGAGAAGGACGAGAAGAUGCACAAAAUCAAGGCAGUUGCUGUUAAAGCAAAGAAAGAGCUGGACAUCAGUAAGAAAGAGGUUAUAACCCUCAAGGAGGAAGUGGAAUCCCUGAAGGCGGAGAGGGAGAAAGUGAACAGCUCUAUGAAAGAUAUCAUCCAUGGUGCUGAAGGCUACAAGAACCUGCAGAUAGAUUACGACCGGCAGACAGAGCAACUGGAUAAGGAGAGGGAGAAGGCGGAGGCGGCGGAGAGACAGAUUGCUGAGCUGACCAAACGACUCAGCAGUGCUGUCACACUGAAGGACACGCUGAGCAGUGAGAAGGAGGACCUGGUGACUGCUAUAGAGACCAUGAGGAGCACAGUGAGGCAGCUGGAGACCAAGAACCAGGAGCUGCAAAGACAGUCGGCCAGUCUAGACAGAGACCUGCUGGCUGAGAGAGCGAUGAAAGAACAGAAGCUCAAGGAUUUGUCAUCUGCCACCAAGGAGGUAGAAGAGCUGACAGCCCAGCUUCGCAAGCAGCAGCAGCAGUCUCAGCAGACCGCCCAGGAGCUGGAGCAGCUACGCAAGGAGGCACAGCAGAGCUCUCUGAUGGACAUGGAGAUGGCUGACUACGAACGUCUGGUCAAAGAACUCAACUCCAGGCUGUCAGAGAAAGAUGAGAACGCCGAGGAGCUAAAGGCCCAGAUUAACACUCUCACCCAGAGGGAGGAAACACUCAAACAGGAGAUUGAGGCUUUGAAGUCCCAGCUGGACCAGGGGGAGGAGAAGACCGCGAAGAUGAAACAGCUGCUGGUGAAGACCAAGAAAGACUUGGCCGACUCUAAGAAACAGGAGAGCUCCCUCAUGAUGUCGCAGGCCUCUCUGAAAGGAGAGCUGGAAGCUCACCAACAGCAGCUCGAAAGCUCCAAGAUCGAGGCGUGUGAGCUGACAGCCGAGCGGCAUCGUCUGCAGGAGCAGCUUAGGUCUGCACUGGAACAGCAGCAACGAACCAGCAGCUCCCUGCAGCAGCGCAUUCAGAGUCUGCAGCAGGAAAGAGACAGUGCUAAGGCUGAGCUCCUGGAAACAACAGGCGAGUUUGAGAGUUACAAGGUGCGAGUCCACAACGUGCUCAAACAGCAGAAGAGCAAAACCACUGCGCAGAGCGAAGGAGACUCUGGCAAACUAGAGAGGGAGCAGCUGGUUUCUCAGGUAGAGCAGCUGAGGACCAGGUUAGCAGAGAGCCAGCAGAGUCUCCAGAGCUGCACAGCAGAGCUGCAGCAGAUCCACGCCGAACACGACACUCUGCUGGAGAGACACAACAAAAUCCUCCAGGAGACCGUCAGCAAAGAGGCCGAGCUCCGGGAGAGGCUUUUGUCGUUGCAAUCGGAGAACGUGACGCUGCGGUCGGACCUUUCCCAGGCUCAGGCUGACCUGUCUUCCCAGGUCGAGACCCAGCGUCAGACUUACAGGGAGCAGCUGAGGAAGCUGCAGGAUGACCACCGGGCUACCGUGGAGACGCUGCAGGGCCAGCUGGCACGAGUCGAGGAGCAGCUCUUCAGCCUGCAGAGCCAAAACAGUUCGGUGUCGGCCCAGUCCAGCCGUAAGAACCCUGCAUCAGAUGCCCAGCGCAGAAACACUGAACAGAACCAGGCGGGGCAGGGACUAGUGGCCCUCGGCGACCUCCAGUCUAUGGCCAGGGAGGAGGGCGAGGGCAUGGAGACCACCGAGACAGAGAACUCCUCCCCUGCUCUCACACCCCUGCCUUCUCUGGAGCAGCUUCUCACAUCUCCAGACCCCAAGCAAGAGCCAUUCGUGUGGACGGUGGAGCCAACCAAACAGGAGCUGAGUGAAAAGCUGAGCACAGCCACCCGCAGCAUGGAGCACAUGAACAGCCUGCUGCAUGAAACUGAGGCUACCAAUGCUGUUCUCAUGGAGCAGAUCACACUGCUUAAGAGUGAAGUGCGUCGUCUGGAGCGAAACCAGGAGAGGGAGAAGAGUGUGGCCAAUCUGGAGUAUCUGAAGAACGUCCUGCUGCAGUUCAUCUUCCUGCGAUCUGGCAGCGAGAGGCAGGCGCUCCUGCCUGUCAUUCACACCAUGCUACAGCUCAGUCCAGAGGAGAAAAGCAAACUGGCUGCCAUUGCACAAGGUGAGGAGGAGGUGGCCGGAUCUCGGGGCUCAGGCUGGACCUCAUAUCUCCACAGCUGGUCUGGGAUCAGAUAGACUUGAUGACCAACCAAAACAAUAUUACUGAGCCUUUUUUUUUCUGUGAAAUCCGUUAUUGGAGGCAGUGAUUCUGUACAUAUGAAAUAGUGGCGACUGGGGCAUUUACAAUUUUGUUGGGAGAUAGAAGGAGGGACCAAGGAAUGUGUGCGGAAAACAGUGUGUGGUAGAGGUGAUGAAAACCAAAAUGUGUGUAAUGGUUUGAAAUUGAAGUGCAAUAGGUACAUUAGUGACUCACCAAUGAAGAUUAACCGUGACAGAUUUGUCUUCCUUAUGCUUUCUGAUGAUAUGCACAUGUAUUUAUAAUAACAUUUACUGGACAUGAUGCUGACUCCUGCUUAAAGUGGACCUCAUAAGGCAUUAAAAAGCAUCGCUAGUAAAAAUGUGACACUGUAACUAACUACAACAUGCCAUGUGAAUCAUUUUCCACAUGAUUAAGCAAAUUGCGAGGAGAGGGAUUAAUCGAAGGGAUAAAAGUAUAUUGGGUUGAUACUAGCAAGAAUAUCGUUUUCAGGAGUUUGAUUACUUGAUCAUUUUACUUUAACUUCUUCUGGCCUUGUGUAUUGAACGACUGGACAAGUGUUUUUCACACAUACUUUACAUUUCCAUGGCCUUCCUGAUCAUUUGAAAGAACUGACAUACAUAAGAAGCCAUAAAGCAAAGGAAAAUAAACAUUUAGACGCCUACUUGUGCAACAUAGUUUUGGAGAGCGAUCAGCAGGUUUGUUAAAUAUAUGUGAUUUGCAGUAGAUAUUGGGUUGAAACAUACUGUCUGUCAUCACUCUCACAUUUCACAGGCUCCUCUGACCAACAUACCAAGAGCAGUAACAGUUUUCACCUUAUAUCUGUGUUUGGUUUGUGACAUUUACUGUAAUAUCAUUUUAUUGUUAUUAUUACAGUCUCUGUCUCUCUCGUGGGAGUGCUGCGUUUUAACCACUGAACGUGAUUCGUGGCAAAGUCACCUGCACAGCUGUCUUGUUGAUGGACCGCAGAUUGACAGCAAGCACAUCUGCCCUGCUGAGUCCUUGAACAAGACUCCCUGUGUCAUGGUUGGCGUUUCGUUUUUUUCUUCAGUGUCUUACCAUGAACUCUGACCUUUUUGUGGAAGCAGUAAAAAAAAAAAAAAAAAAAACCCUGAAAGAAACCUGCCUCCCCCCCAAGACAUAUUUACACACUGACACCGUUCAUGAAGAUAUCAGGCCUGUUCAUUUUCUCAUUCUGCUGGCAGCUUUUUGUUUCAUUCUGCACAAGUGAAUGUAUUUUUUUAUCUAAGCUUUUAUAGGAGACACUGUGAGAGGUUAUCAUAACAUAUCUGUGUAAGAAUAACUGGAUUCUGCCAUCUUUGUCUGAUAAAUUAAAAAAAAAAGAAUCUGUGA